GAAUUUAAUUUCUAGAAAAGUCAAGUCUGAGAGAGGAGAGAGAAAUUGAAAGAGAAGUGCAUGUUUCAUUUUUUACAGUUUUAAAGAUGAAAACUUCAAUUGAAAUUGAAGACGAGAAGGCUCCAGGGGUUGCAACACAAGAUAACAGCAACACCACCAAGAAGAAGAAGAGCAGCAUAGUGAAGGAGGACAGGUUAAGCAACUUGCCCGAUGAAGUGAUCCAUCGCAUAUUUUCCUUUCUGGAUGCAACAUUAGCAGUUCAAUCGAGUGUCCUAAGCAAGCGAUGGAGGUACCUUUGGACUUCCCUUCCUGUCCUUAAUUUCCACGACGUGUCCUUCAAUGAGUCUUUCCUUUUCCACUCUUUCGUGGAACAUGUCUUGUCCCGCAGAGACCCUUCCACCAGUGUCUCCAUGCUUCAAUUUGUGUGUGACGAAGAACUAGAUGAUGAGUAUAUCGUAGAUUCCAUCAUUGACCAUGUUAUACCAAUGGGCAUUCAGGUUCUUAGCAUCAAUGCUCAAUGUGUUGUUAGAAAUUUACCUCAACUCUCUGCUUGUCAAUCCCUCACGACCCUUAAGCUUUCUGACAUAGCAACUGAAACAACAACGUUUGAUUUUGUUUCGUUAAAAAAGUUGUAUCUUUUUGAUAUCCGGUUCGAGUGUGGGGUCCAAGAGGUUCUUGAUGCUUUCAGGGGUUGUCCCAAUUUGAGAUGUUUGUUCCUACAUGGUUGUCAAUACUAUGGCAAGUUUCAGAGGUUUAAAAUCUAUGCUCCUCAGCUCACGGAAUUUAGCAUAUCGUGUUUGAGAGUGGAUCAAUUGUUUGAUUCUGACUGUGUGAUUGAGCUUUUUACGCCAAAGCUCCAAUCUUUUAGCUAUCAUGACUCGGAUCUUUAUGAUUUUUCCAUUAAGGGUGACCUUCCUUUUGUAGAGAAAGUGGAUAUUGAUUUGGGUAGUUUUGAGCUCGAUGAUGAUGAUGAUGAUGAAUUGACCAAGGACACUAGUUUGUCUCUUCGCCUGAUCGAAUUGUUUGAAGCGAUGGGGAGUGCAAAGUGUGUAUCCUUAUCAUUUGGUAUCAUUGAAGUUCUAUCCAUGUUUCCUGAUCUACUGGAUGGUCGGUCAUCUCCUUUCACUAGAGUGCAGACUUUUGAGUUAAACAUGGAUAGAUCUUCGCCCGUUGCCAUACCUACCAAUGUCAUGGCCUUCUUAUUUGAUGGAUCUCCUGGAUUUUGACUGCUAUUGAUUGGAAGUGAUUUGGCAUGCUGCUUGACUCCUGAAUGGGUGCAUAGAGUGCAAACCAAUUUGAUUAAAGAUGGCUUCCAGCUAAGUCCACGGUUUUACCAUUUUGGGGAUCAAGGGAUGUUUUGCUUGGGUCUUGACGAAGAACAACUCAUUAGUUUACUAAAUAUGCAGCAAAGCAUAGAGCAAAGAGGAGUUGAUCUACUGUUCUAAAUCUGGCAUCAUAUUUGUUAUUAAUGGUUGUUUGGUAAUCUUGUUGGCUCUUUUGUUGCAAGUAGCCUUUUAAGGGAGCCUAUUUGGCUCUCUUAUCUUGUAAAAAGCUUAUUACAUAUGGAAUCUCAAUUAGCUCAAUUUCAAUAUAGCAUAAGAUGGCAAGCAUA